UGGAGUAAAAAGUCUCUGUUGACAACAAGCACAGCAGAUCAACACAAUGAAACUCUCGAUCCUCCUCCUCGUCGUGUGCCUGAGCCUCGCCCUCGGCCGCCCCAGCACCGUGAUUGACUUCGAGGGCGAGGAUCACGAACACACUCAGGAGGGCGAGGCGGGGAGAGACGUCGAAGGAAUGUACAGCUGGACAUCCCCAGAAGGAGAAAAUUUCAAAGUCAUUUACGUGGCUGACGAAGACGGCUAUCGUGUCGUAGAAUCCAACGCCGUUCCUGUGAAUGCUGACGGAGUGGCUGCGGACGGGAAUCAGGGGUCAUUCACCUCAGAAGAAGGCGAAGGAGGAGAUGAGGGAGAAGGAGAGGAAGAAGAACGGUGAUGAGGGGGGGGGGGAGAUGAGAUCGAGAGAGAUCAUUAGAAUUAGGAUGCUUGUUGUUUAACGUCGAUGUUGAAUAAAGUUAAUUUAUACUGUU